GUCCGGUCCGCAGCCACGAUGGACGCGAUACCGUGCCUCCUGUUCGUCCUCCUGCUCGGGACAAGGAUACCGGAAAGCCCCGCCCUCCAGUGUCACUGCGACCGCUGCAGCGCCAACUCCAGCUGCACGACGGACGGCGUCUGCUUCGUCGCCAUCCGCAAGUCCGGCAGCACGCUGACCACGGAGCAGCGUCAGUGCGUCCGCGAGAACGAGCUGAUCCCCCGAGACCGGCCCUUCAUCUGCGCCCCGUCCGUCAAGAGGGACUCGGGCAUCUACCCCAUGUGCUGCAACACGGACUACUGCAACAAGGAGCCCAACCUGGAGAUCCUGCCCGAACCGUCUGAGAAGCCCCCCCCUCUGGGGCCCGUGGCCCUGGCGGCGGUGAUCGCCGGCCCCGUGUGCGUGCUCUGCCUGCUGCUGGUCCUGGCCUUCUACGUCUGCCACAGCCACCGCAGCGCCGGGGCCGGGGCCCAUCACCACCACCACCACCGGGUCCCCAACGAGGAGGACCCCUCCAUCGACCACCCCUUCAUCACCGUGGGGACCACGCUGAAGGACCUCAUCUACGACAUGACCACCUCGGGCUCCGGAUCAGGCCUGCCGCUGCUGGUCCAGAGGACCAUCGCCAGGACCAUCAUCCUCCAGGAGAGCAUCGGGAAGGGCCGCUUCGGGGAGGUGUGGCGGGGCAAGUGGCGCGGCGAGGAGGUGGCCGUGAAGAUCUUCUCCUCCCGCGAGGAGCGCUCCUGGUUCCGGGAGGCCGAGAUCUACCAGACCGUGAUGCUGAGGCACGAGAACAUCCUGGGCUUCAUCGCCGCCGACAACAAAGACAACGGGACGUGGACUCAGCUGUGGCUGGUGUCGGAUUACCACGAGCACGGCUCCCUGUUCGACUACCUGAACCGCUACACGGUGACGGUGGAGGGGAUGAUCAAGCUGUCGCUGUCCACGGCCAGCGGGCUGGCCCACCUGCACAUGGAGAUAGUGGGCACGCAAGGGAAGCCGGCCAUCGCCCACAGAGACCUGAAGUCAAAGAACAUCCUGGUGAAGAAGAACGGGACGUGCUGCAUCGCUGACCUGGGCCUCGCCGUCCGCCACGACUCGGCCACCGACACCAUCGACAUCGCCCCCAACCACCGAGUGGGAACCAAAAGGUACAUGGCUCCAGAGGUCCUGGACGACUCCAUCAACAUGAAGCACUUUGAGUCCUUCAAGCGGGCCGACAUCUACGCCAUGGGCCUGGUGUUCUGGGAGAUCGCCAGCCGCUGCUCCAUGGGGGGCAUCCACGAGGACUACCAGCUGCCCUACUACGACCUGGUGCAGUCGGACCCGUCGGUGGAGGAGAUGAGGAAGGUGGUGUGUGAGCAGAAGCUGAGGCCCAACAUCCCCAACCGCUGGCAGAGCUGUGAGGCCUUGCGGGUGAUGGCGAAGAUAAUGAGGGAGUGUUGGUACGCCAACAGCGCCGCCCGACUCACCGCUCUCCGGAUCAAGAAAACCUUGUCUCAACUCAGCCAACAGGAGGGAAUCAAGAUGUAGACACACACACACACACACACACACACACCUGUUACUGGCAUCCACAUCGAUAGCAUUAAGACCUUCAUCGCCUUCAUCGACUGUUCCUCCCUUUACUUUGAAGGGAAGUGAAGCCUCCUGGUCCCUUGUGCUCUUUCUAUUUUUUUAUUUUUUUACACCUCUCACCACCGCCAGUUAUUCAUUGACAAACUGCUGAGUCAUGCACCUGGGAGGGAGCAGCCGUGUGUGUGUGUGUGUGUUGCACUGGCCGUCACACACAUGUGAAAGGUUGUGCCUCACCUCCAUCUCCGCACCGAAAAGACCCAUCGGGAAAACCGGUGUCCAUCCCAAGCCCCGCCUCCAUCCCAAGCCCCGCCUCCACCGCUCGAUACAUGUCCAUCAGGUACACAGCAAAGGCUGCUGGGAAUUCACCUCGGAGGCCUCUGAGCUGCCGCCUCGGGUUUGGGGCGGUUUGCAAGCCCCACCGUGUUGUGUUCCAGGAGCGUUGGGAACCGGAGCGCUGAGCCCUGCUCCAGCAGAACCUCAUCAGCUGCAACAGUUUUGCACUUUUCUUCCUUUUCUUCCUUUUCUUCCAUUAUUACUGUGGCUCCUCCUCUUCUCCCCGUGUGGGCGGAGUCAGACAGGUCAGUUUAAUUUAUUGUUUAAAAAAAUAAUCAUGA